GGCAGGCGGGGCCAGUCAGGUGCAGGCGGAGCGGGUGGGCCCCGCUGCUCCGUGCGGCCGGGAACUUGCAGACGGGGCCUUGCCGCGCCCUGCCGGGGCUGAGCCAGGUUAUGCUACACGUGCGGGGACUGCUGGGCCGGGCGGGGCUGCGGGGCACUCGCACCUGCACCGGCCCCGGCCCCGGCAGCACCAGCACCAGCACCAUGCAGCGAGGUAACAACAUCUCCUACGAAGACAUGAAGGCACUGGUCGCUGGCGGGGGAGCUCACAUCUUUGACGUGCGCUCUCCGGAGGAGGUGGCCAACGGGCACAUUGCCAACUCCAUUAAUAUCCCAGUGACAGAAAUUGAAGAAGCCCUGAAGAUGGAUCCUGAGACAUUUAAGAUGAAGUAUGCAGUGGACAAGCCCCAGGUGGAUGAGAAGAACCUCAUCUUCCACUGCCAGAUGGGCCGGAGGGGGGCUCUCGCCGCAGAGAUUGCCAAGACCCUCGGCUAUACCAAUUCGGAGCCCGUGAAGAAGUGGGAAUUGUGGAGUUCUGGAUGGAGAUCCUACCCCCGCCCCGACCCGCCGGCCCCUAGCGGUGCGGCCAAGCGGGCCGUGCUCGUUUAAGCAGGGCGACGCAUCCUCAGAGGCGAGAAGGAUGGCGCCCCGUGAUCCCUGCCCCACCCAAACUGUAAAACCAGCUGCCGGGGAGGGCGGUGGCCUUUUUUGGGGCAGUGCUGCGGGAGUCACGCGGCUUCAUGGCAUAUUGUCACCGCCCUGAUUCCUGCUCAUCUCUCCGCUCCACGGGCCCUAAGGACCCUCCUUGGUUUGUAACGGUGUCCAUGCCCCAGGACUCAAACUGUCCUGUGCUCGGCAGUGCUGCUAUGUAACGUCUACGGGACAACUGACGGAACAGCCUGAGAUAGUUUUGACUAUUUCUUUCACCGGUUGUGACUCCUCUGACUCUUCUUGCUCUCUUCACUAUGCUUUGACUCUUGGACUAUUUUUUGUUGACUCUUUUGACUGUCUGUUGGGUUUCUGUGACACACUGUAGAUGGAGCCCGUGUCCCGAUCCGAUUGUACUGGGUUUUGCUCUGAUCUUAAAGUGCGGGCCAGGGCGAGCCCCUGCGGCUAUUGGUCAA